UGCUUGGCAGAGCUGGUGGUGCGAAGAGCCACCUUGAGGAAGAAGGGUCGAGCAGAAGAUGGUUUUGAUGAAACUUUCUCCUUCAGGGGGGAAAGGUGUGGUGCAGUGGGAGUGAUGCUGGGAAACGUGGGAAACUCCUUCACAUUCCUGUCACUGAUAAAUACUUCCACUCUGCUGGUCUGCUGGCUCACAACAACCAUGAUCCAACCAUGGUGGUGCAUUUUGGCUGUGGAGUUCAUCUUCAUAUCCAUAUCCAGUCAGUCUUUACUUCAGAAGAGACAGUGUCUAUUCCAUGUGAAAACACAAAAUGACAAAUAUAGAACUGCUGGCAAUGUCAGUGGGUCAGUACAGUUCUGUGAGAAAACUGACUGCUGUGUGGGUUACUUUCUGAUCAAUGGCAGCCAGCCCGAGGUUGACCUUCUCGCUUGUGAUAUGGCUGAAAAGUCCUGCCCAGAUUCAACCUGCAAGGCACAAAUACGUUUCAGCAAUCACCUCAUCAAAUGUGUGUGCAACACAGACCUCUGCAACAGCAACAUCACCUGGAGUGUAGAACCAGCACAGUCUGAGUUCACAUACACCUAUUCAGUUGGUGACAAAAUAAAAAUUGUUGUAAUCGUGUUUGCUUUGCUAAUCCUCUGUGGCAUCGCUGCCAAAUGGAAAACCGUCCUGAAACAGACAAAGGAUCCACAAACCUCCUUUCACUCUGUCGCACCACUGUGUUCUUGUCUCAUGACGAAAACCCCAGAUAUUGAUGUUGCUAAUGUUGAACUACAGCAGAUUGUAGGUGAAGGGUAUUAUGCAACUGUUUGGCAGGGGAAAUACCAGGGAAAUAAAGUGGCUGUGAAAGUUUUCCCUGCAGCCUGGAAACAGAAAUUUGCAAAUGAGAAGGUGGUUUAUGAGCUGCCAUUGAUGAACCAUGCAGGGAUUGUCAACUUCCUGGGCAGUGGGAGGAAAAGCGAUGGAAGCAGUUGGCUCAUUGUCCUUCAGUUUGCUGAAUAUGGUUCUCUGCACUCCUUUUUAGGUAAUCACACCAGCAGCUGGAUGUUGUCGCUGACAUUGUGCCAGUCUUUAUCACAGGGACUUGCCUAUCUCCACUCUGACCUUCACAGACACGAUGUUCAUAAACCCCCUGUGGCCCACAGAGACCUCAGUAGCGCUAAUGUGCUUGUGAGAGCAGAUGGUACAUGUGCCCUGAGUGAUUUUGGAUGCUCUACAGUCCUUCGAUCUUGUUUGGGACAUCACUGCAGGCAGAACCACACAAGAAACACAGAGGUUCACCCUCAGGUGGGAACACCCCGCUACAUGGCACCUGAGAUCCUAGACGGUUCUGUAAACCUCAAAAGCAGCUUGUGUCUCAUUCAGGGUGAUGUCUAUGCUUUGGGGCUGCUAAUGUGGGAGAUCUGGAUGCGCUGCUCAGAUUUAUUCAAUGGUGAGACUGUUCCACAGCAUCUAUUGCCAUAUGAAUCUGAGCUGGAAGCUAAUGUAACCCUGGAAAACCUCAUCCUGUAUGUAUUUUACAUGGACAAGAGACCCUCCAUACCUAAACUGUGGGAACUACAACCACAGGGAUCUGAGCUCCAGAAACUCCUGACAGAUUGUUGGGACUAUGACCCGGAUGCUCGACUGACAGCUCAGUGUGUGGCGGACAGAUUAGGGUCUUUUCAGUCUUACUGCUCUCUGUGAUUUUAGUUUUUAGGCUGAAGAAUUGUAGCUGAUAUGUCAUUUAAUUGCACUGGUGUUGUGUCACUAUUUUAGCUCAUCAGAAUACUGCCAGCAUACUGAAAUAUUGUAGGGAAUAUUUUUUUGUGUAUUUAAUCUGAAUAUUCGAGGUACUGUAUGGUCUUCUUCUCUAUUGCAUACAGUGGCAAGAAAAAGUAUGUUAACUGUUUGAAAUUUCCCAGUUUUUUGUAUGAAUUGGUCUUAAAAUUUGACAAUAUAAACCUAAAACCACACAAACAAUUAUAAUAAUUCAUGUCUUUAUUGAACACACCUAUUAAACACUGACAGAACACAUUUUAUGACCAAUUCAUGGAGAAAACUGACAAAUUUCAACUGGUUGCCAUACUUUGUCUUGCCACUCUAUGUGCAGAUGUACUAAUGUAAUCCUU